UCAAACGCCAAGCUAUAACGCUAAAAACAAAGUGUUUCCAGACAUAUUUAGGAGCUUGUUUUGUUUUGACAAAUGAAAUAGACGUUAAGGAUAGUUGUACGUACUGAUAUAAAUGUCAAAUAUAUAUAAAUCGGCACAUAACUGAACGAUAACGCUAGUAAACAAUGUAAACAGUGGGUUAAUUAUUAGCUUGGCUAGUUCAGGAAUCAAGAGGGUUGUAGACAGGUCGUUAUAAACUGUGCAAAAACAAAAAUGGCAUCACUGAAAUUUUGUGCAAACAUCUCCUGGUUAUUCACUGAAUUGCCGGAGUUUGGGGAGAGAAUGAGAGCUGCAGUGUGUGCAGGUUUCCAGGCUGUAGAAGCAGCAUGGCUGUAUGAAUCAGACCUGAGAGAACUGAGCAGAGUCAGAGAACAAACAGGACUCACGGUGGCUCUCAUUAACACUCCACCCGGUGAUGUAAAGAACGGUGAGCUGGGUCUGGGUGCCGUCCCUGGCAGAGAGCAGGAAUUCCGACAGGGUUUGACCCAGGCUGUACACUACGCUAAAGCCCUGGACUGCAAGAGGAUCCAUGUGAUGGCAGGACGGGUACCCGCAGGACAGCGGCGCUCUGAGGUUGGUUUGGAGAUGGAAACCACAUUCGUGCAGAACCUGAGAUACGCUGCAGAUGUUCUCUCAAAGGAAGGAAUCAUGGGAUUGAUUGAGCCCAUCAACACCAGGAUAACUGACCCUCAGUACUUUCUGGACUCACCACAUCAGGCUGCUGCAAUCCUGAAAAAAGUCGAUCGUCCGAACAUCAAGCUGCAGAUGGAUCUUUUCCACUGGCAGAUAAUGGAUGGCAACCUGACGAAGAACAUCCAGAAAUAUUUACCCUUAAUAGGUCAUGUCCAGGUUGCUCAGGUUCCCGAUCGUCAUGAACCCGACAGUCCUGGAGAGCUGAACUACUCGUACAUCUUCAACCUGCUGGAGCGACUGGGCUACCAGGGUUACGUGGGCUGUGAAUACAAACCUUCGGGUUCCACAGAGGAAGGUUUGGGUUGGGUGAAAAAGUACUGGAAAGGCCAGAACUGAGGACGACCAAUUGUGUGUGUGUGUGUGUGUGUGUGUGUGUGUGUGUGUGUGUGUGUGUGUGUGUGUGUGUGUGUGUGUGUGUGUGUGUGUGUGUGUGUUAAAGCUCGUCAGACAUUGAUGCUUUUUUUUGGGAUGAAAAAUGACAUCCAGCAUGCUGACACAGACUAAAGCACUAUAUGGUCAAAAGUAUGUGGACACCUGACCAAGAGCUUGCUAAAUAUCCCAUUCCAGUAUAUCAGCCUGCACUCUUUUGGGGAGUAAUUCAGUGAUGAGGCAUUUGUGAGGCCUGGCUGACAAUUCAUCUCAAAUAUGUUGAAGUAAUCACAUUAAAACAAGGCUUACAAUUUGUCACGUUACGUGUAAUAAAUAUAAGAUAUAUGACUGUUUAUCUUUAUGAAUUUAAUUUUAAAUAAAAACAAACUUUGAAAUAAAAUUUAAAUUAAAAUAAAA